AUGAUGGCACCAAAUGAGGAGGGAGGAGACUGAGUGACAUGACUGAGGAAGGAAACUAACCUCACCCUGGAUAUCAUCUACCUGCAGACCGAGAGAGAUCUUAUCGUAUGACACAAUGAUCCUCGAGAAUCCAGAAUCCCACCACCAUCCCCCACCUCCAUUCCUGAUCCCUACAAGACAGAAGACACAGAAGAUUCUAGAAGUCACCAAGAAGAUGAUGGAGCUGCUGACAGGAGAGGUUCCUAUAAGGUGUCAGGGUGUCACUGUCUAUUUCUCCAUGGAGGAGUGGGAGUAUUUAGAAGGACACAAGGAUCUCUACAAGGACGUCAUGAUGGACAAUCAGCCCCUCACAUCACCGGGU